AACAAUUUCCUUUCUGACUUGAAACACACUAUUUCAGUGAGGGAAAACAUUGGCCAUGAUCACUUCCAUUUUCACUUAUUUUCUUCUUCUAUUUCUCGUUCACUUAUUUUCUAUUGGAUUUAUAUCCCUCCAAGCAAGCGAAUUUGUUUCCUAUUCAACCAACUUCACGACUUGCUGGGAGAUAGAGAGAAAUGCACUUCUCAAGUUCAAAGAAGGUCUCCAAGAUCCUUCAGGCCGGCUUUCUUCUUGGGUUGGCAAUUAUUGUUGUACAUGGUCAGGUGUUGGCUGCAAUAGGCAAACGGGACAUGUCACGAAGCUUGACCUCGGUAUGCCGCCCAUCAGUUUUAAUAUUAAUGAUCCAAAAGCUUUUGAUCCUGCAUCCUUACAAGGUACGAUAAGUCCUUCAUUGCUUGAUUUGAAAUAUUUAUACUACUUGGAUCUAAGCUGGAACAAUUUUGAACAAACUCCAAUCCCCAACUUCAUUGGUUCAUUCACCAAGUUAGAAUACCUUGAUCUCUCUUAUGCAUCUUUUAGUGGCUUGGUUCCUCCCCAUCUUGGAAAUUUGUCAAACUUGCGUUACCUUGAUCUCUCCUCACAAAGCUUAGAUCAAGAUACUUUGGUUUCUGAUUUGAGUUGGAUCCAUGGACUCUCUUCGUUGGAACGUCUCAGAUUAAAGAUGGCAAACCUUAGUUUUGCUUCAACCAGUUGGUUGCAAGCUAUAAACAAGCUUCCUUCCUUGAUGGAGUUAGAUUUAUCUUUCUGUGGACUGCAUGAAAUCCCUACCUCUCUUCCAAUUUUGAACUUCAGUUCUAUUCAGAUCAUUCAUCUUUCAUUAAAUCAUUUCAAUUCACCAAUACCUGGUUGGUUGUUCAAUAUCAGUUCUCUUGUUGAGCUUGACUUGUCUUCUAAUGGCUUUAGUGGACAAAUACCUCCAUCUGUACAAAAUCUUAAUAACAUGAGGGAUCUUGUACUUUAUGAAAAUGAUCUCUCGGGUCCGCUUCCAAUUUCUAUUGGAAACUUAUCAUCCUUGGAGACAUUAUUUCUCUCUUCCAACCAAUUGAAUGGAACAAUUCCUAAAUCCAUUGGACAAUUGAAGAAGUUGAUUAUGCUAGCUCUUAGUUCUAAUAACUGGGGAGGUGUCGUGUCUAGAAUUCAUUUUCUCCACCUAAACAAUAUGAAGACGUUAUCUCUUCACCAUAACAAAUUGUGUGGAGAGCUUCCAAGAUCCUUACAAUUUCAUUCACAUUCUUUGGUAGACCUCAGUUUCAAUUUAUUUGAAGGACUAGUUCCACUAUUUUCUGGUGUCAGCAUGCUCAAUUUGAAAAACAACUCACUCUCAGGACCAAUUCCAGCAAAUUUUGUCGAUGGCAUGCUACAUUUAGCAUUUAUGGAUCUUUCUGAGAACUACUUCAAUGGCAGCAUUCCUUCUUCAAUAAAUAAGUUGGAGAAGUUACAAGUUCUAUUGCUAGAAAAUAAUGAACUUUCUGGAAAUAUUCCUUCAAUGAAUAGAUUGAACAAGUUAUGGACAUUAGACCUUUCAAAUAACAAUUUAUUUGGCAACAUUCCAAGCUCCUUGUGCUCACAGUCACCUCUUAUUCAUUUGAAAUUGAAUGGCAACAAUUUUUAUGGAAAGCUUUCAUCCUUGCGAAACUGCACAAACUUAGGGACACUUGGUCUUGCAAAUAAUCAAUUUCAUGGAGGCAUUCCAAGAUGGAUUGGAGAAACUCUAUCUUGUUUAUCAAUACUACAGUUACGAGGAAACAUGUUUAGGGGAAAGAUACCAAAAAGUUUGUGCAGCCUUCCUUUACUCCAUGUUAUGGAUCUAGGGCAGAAUAAUUUUUCAGGAUCAAUUCCACCAUGUCUAGGCAAUUUAAGUAGCCUGUAUCAGUCCAAAAAUGAUACUUCUGUAUUUGCUGCUGUUGCUAUUGAUGCUGUUGUUACUAAUUUUAUUACUGUUGCCACUACUGUUGCCACUAUUGUUGCUGGUGGUAAGGAGGGUGUUGUUGCUGCUGCUAUUGCUUUUGAGGGGCUUAUGCCUUUCAUUGAUGAAAUGCGGGAGAUGGAAUUUAAUGUUAAAGGACAAACACUUGAAUUUGUUAAGAUAAUUGAUCUCGUGAAUUUGAUAGAUUUAUCAAGUAAUAAUCUUGAAGGGGAAAUUCCGGAGGAGAUAAUGAAGCUUUCUGCCUUGGGUACAUUGAACUUAUCUCGGAAUCAAUUGACAGGAAACACCCCUGAGAGGAUUGGAGACUUGCAGUUGUUAGAAACUCUUGACCUCUCAGUCAACCAUCUUUCAGCCAUGAGAUGUGCAGUUUCUACUUAGGAGGCUUUGAAUUAUGAAGUCAAAUCAGUUUGGUGGAUGUUUAUCUUGUGUUUCCAAUAAUAAUAGAGUUUAUUACUUCUGUUGUCAUGGAAUGUGAGUAUUUUCAAUCAAUUGUUGUAUGCUCU